AUGGUGACACCACACAAGGUUCUGGUGCCUCGGGGGAAGAGGGACCUCUCUGGGCCACUGAGCAUCUACCCGGACCUUGUUCUCUACAACAUCCGUGCUGAAGGCAGAGACUACCUCCUUUGGCUGGAGAAGAACAAGGAGCUGCUGGGGCAGCACUACACUGAGACACACUACUCAGCCGAGGGUGUGGAGGUGACAGAGAAGCCAGACACUCAGGAUCACUGUUUCUACCAGGGCCAUGUGCAAGGACACACCGACUCAGCUGCCAGCAUCAGGACCUGUGGUGGGCUCAGUGGGUUUUUCCGGGUGAAUGAGACCACCUUCCUGCUGGAGCCCCUGGAGGAGGACGUGGCCGGCCAGCACGCCGUGUACAGAGCAGCCCACCUGCGCGGCAAGCGCGGCACGUGCCCCCAGCCUGGGGCCAGCCUGCAGUAUGACCAUGAACCCCAAAUCCCCGCUGCCAUGAAGCUCUACCACUGGAAAUCAGCUCCAUUACACAAAGGUCCCCGGUAUGUGGAGCUGGUCCUGGUGGUGGACAACAGGGAGUUCAGGAAGCACAAGGACUUGCGCACCGUGCAGAACCGCAUGAAGGAGAUCGUGAACCAUGUUGACAAGCUUUAUCAGCCCCUUCGCCUGCGGGUGGCCUUGAUCGGCUUGGAGGUGUGGAGUCACAGGGACAAGAUCAUGGUCAGUCCCAACCCCGAGCUGACUCUGGACAACUUUCUCCACUGGCGGGAGGUAGAGCUGCUGCGGAGGAAGCCACAUGACAACGCCCAGCUGAUCACGGGCAUAGACUUCCAUGGCACCACCGUAGGGCUCGCCAAGAAGCUUGUGAUGUGCACCAGGGACUCAGGUGGUGUCAACCAGGACCAUAGCAUGAAUCCUAUUGGCGCUGCAUCCACCAUGGCCCACGAGAUGGGGCACAACCUGGGGAUGUCUCAUGAUGAAGACGUUGCUGGCUGCCGCUGUCAUGUCCUCAAAGCUGAUGGAGGAUGUGUCAUGGCAGCAACUGUUGGCUUGGUGUACCCCAAGCACUUCAGCCGCUGCAGCGAGCAGGACAUGUGGCAGUUCCUGGGGGGCCCCAGGACUAGCUGGCUGGCGGAAGGCCCCCAGGCCGAGGGAAAGUGUGGGAACCAGUUUGUGGAGAGGGGAGAAGAGUGUGACUGCGGCACACCAGAGGAGUGCUCUGACCAUUGCUGCAAUGCCACCACCUGCCAGCUGAAAGAGGGAGCUGAGUGUGCACAGGGUGACUGCUGCCAGGACUGCAAGGUGAAGGCGGCUGGCGUGCUCUGCCGGGCCAGCAAGAACGAAUGUGACCUGCCCGAGCGCUGCAACGGCCUCAGCCCCAGGUGCCCAGAGGACGUCUUCCAGGAGAACGGCAUCCCCUGCCAGCACGGCACCGGCUACUGCUACAACGGGGCCUGUCCCUCACGCGGCGAGCAGUGCCGUGCGCUCUGGGGCACAGAGGCCCAGGUGGCCCCUGAUGUCUGCUUUAAGCACAACAGUGAGCACCAUCUUCACCUCCACUGCCUGACCGAGUACGGGAAGCAGCCCUGUAGUCCCAAGGACGUGAAGUGUGGGACACUGCUGUGCCUGAGUGACAAUGCCACCCCCAUCCUUGGUGGUGGCUCCUACUCCCUGUUCUUCGGUCACGUCAAGUGCAAGGCAGCCAUCGCCAGCAGCGAUGCCAAUGAGGUGGUGGCCAAGCUCAGGCUGGUGCCCACUGGCACCAAGUGUGGCGAGGAGAUGGUCUGUUAUGCUGGGCGCUGCCAGAGCCUUUUGGUCUACGGCAACAAGAACUGCUCGGCCAAGUGCAACAACCAUGGGGUGUGCAACCACAAGCGGGAGUGUCACUGUGAGCUGGGCUGGGUAGGGCCCCACUGCCAGCAGGAGAUCUCAGGGAUGGUGGCAGCCACCAGCACCAGUCCCCCAGGUGCCAACUCCAGCCCCUCCAGGAGGGCAGUUGCAGGUGAAGCCAAAGCCACCUAG